UUAUGUGAUGGACCAACACAAAGUUGGUACAACUAAAAUCUGAAAAGUGGAACUCACAUUUAUAUGUAGUAGAAACCUUUUAGAAACACUGUUUUUUUUUUUACAAUUGAAACUACACCUGUCAGUCUUCUGAGUUUCACCUCUACCACCUUUGCCCAUUGAGAGAUUGAACAUUUUUCUUAUUCUUUUUUACAAAAUAGUUUAAAGUCAUACAGAUUUAUGCCAGACAUUCUCGGUUGGAUUUAGUUCUGUACAUUGAUGGAGCCAUUCUGACACAUGAAUAUGCUGUAAAAUAAACCAGGUCAUAUAUCUCUGGCUGAACGUUUAGGGUUGUUGUCCUGUUAGAAACUAAACCUACACUCCAGUCUCAAGUCUCUUGCUUCCUCUAACUAGCUUUCAUCAACUAUGACCUGUAUUUAUCUACAUCCAAUGUCCCAUCAAUGCCAACUAGUUUUUCUGUCCCUCCUAAAAUAAAGCAUCCCCACAAUAUGACACUUCCAACACCAUAUUUCACUGUGGAUGGUGUACAUGAUGAUGUGCUGAAUUAGUUUUUGAUAAAAAGCCAAGAGGUACAGACCACCAUCUUCCACAUGUUUUCUACAUCCCUCAUUUGGGAGUUUGAAUAGAAAUAGUAUAUAAUUUAUUUAUAAAAAAAAAUUGAAAGUCAUGUUUCUUUUAACGCCAACUUCACAAUGACAAAAUGGUAAAAAGUUAUUGGCAGGACACUAUGGAGCCUAAAGGACACUAUGGAGUGUCAAUUUCUCAGAACAAACAUUAACCAGUUAUUAAGCUGUUGUAUAAUUUGCCUUUGUGGUCUUUCUUGCUCCUCCUCCUCAGGCUCCUGUCUUUGGGUAGCAGAGUUGGAAGGUAAUGUUGUGGGCGCUGUUGCAGCAGUUCGCCUUUCAGACGAUGUUGUCGAGCUGCUGAGGAUGUGUGUUGACCGGAGCUACCGGCGGUGCGGAGUCGGUGUUGUGCUGGGACAGAAAGUGCUGCAGUUUGCCGAGGCUCACAGAUACGCCUCCGUCGUCCUGGGGACCACAGCCUACACCCCCGCGGCACAUCAGCUCUACAAACGUCUGGGUUUCCACUGCGUCGGAGUCACCAACGGCUACGUCACACCUGGUUCGUCGCGGUCCUUCCUGGAACAGAUUUUCUACAGGGUCAAGCAUCAUCACUACCGCCGCAAUGUGCUGCACAGCAAAAUCACUUCAAAAGGACAACACUGACCUCUGCACAAAAACACAUAUAAAGACUAAUCUAAAAUAACAUUCUGCGUGGUCUUUUCCGUCUAUUUGAAAGGAUGCCUCUUUAGAAAGAGUGUUUGAUGAAUGUCCUCUGCUGCAGAGGAGGUUUUGUGCAGUUGUGGAGCAAUUGAACCACUUUGAAACGAG